AUGACACCCCAGAUGUUCCCCCUGUUGCUGCUGCUACUCCUGGCCGGGCUCCCCGCCACACGGCCGGCUCCCCCGACCUGCUACUCUCGGAUGCUGGCCCUGAGCCGGGAGAUCACCUCUGACUUCCAGAGCCUGCAGGCCACAGAGCCCUUGGAGGCGUGUGUGAGAUACCUGCCCAGGCUGUAUCUGGAUAUACAUAAUUACUGCGUGUUGGCCAAGCUGCGGGACUUUGUGGCAUCAUCCCAGUGCUGGAAGGUGGCCCAGGUGGACACCUUGAAGGACAAAGUGCGGAAACUGUACACCAUCAUGAACUCGUUCUGCAGGAGAGAUUUGGUGUUCCUGUCGGAUGACUGCAAUGCGUUAGAAUACCCAAUCCUAGUGACCACGGUCCUCCCGGAUCAUCAGAGCUAA